AUGUCACGAAGGAGCAAUGACGAACCGCUUCAUCUCCUCUCCCAGGGAGAGGAGGUUGAUACGAAACAGAUCAACCAUGAUGUCGAGGCUGGUGCCCGCCAUUCAGAGCCCUCUCGGGACCAGAAUUUAGAUCACGAAUACUCAAUUCCGAGUACCAUCAAAUUUACCUGGCUGGGAACAUACUUCUUCUUUUCUUUGCUUCUCACCCUUUACAAUAAGCUAGUUCUGGGCAUGUUCCAUUUCCCAUGGCUUCUCACAUUUCUCCAUGCCUCCUUUGCCAGCAUGGGAACAUAUGGCAUGAUGCAUCUGGGCUAUUUCAAACUGUCGCGCCUGGGUCGCCGCGAAAACCUUGCUCUCGUCGCGUUCAGCGCCUUGUUCACCGCCAAUAUUGCCGUAUCGAACCUGUCGCUGGCCAUGGUGUCUGUACCAUUUUAUCAGACCAUGCGAAUGCUGUGCCCCAUCUUCACCAUCCUCAUCUACCGCACUUGGUACGGCCGUACAUACAGCUACAUGACGUACCUUUCUCUUGUCCCGUUAAUUAUUGGCGCUGCCAUGACCACGGCGGGUGAAAUGACCUUCACCGAUGCUGGAUUUCUAUUAACCAUAUUGGGUGUCAUUCUGGCUGCUGUCAAGACUGUCGUGACCAAUCGAUUUAUGACGGGAUCCCUGGCGCUGCCUCCGGUAGAAUUCCUCAUGCGAAUGUCACCAUUGGCUGCACUACAGGCACUGGCCUGUGCUACCGCAACAGGCGAAGUCGGUGGUUUCCGAGAACUCGUCACUUCCGGACAAAUUUCUAUGCCGACUUCGAUUGCAUCGCUGACAGGCAACGGUUUCCUGGCCUUCCUCCUUAAUAUUUCAUCCUUCAACACCAACAAACUGGCCGGUGCCCUGACCAUGACAGUUUGCGGCAACCUGAAGCAGUGUCUUACUGUCUUGAUCGGAAUCUUCCUCUUCAAUGUCAGUGUUGAUUUACUCAACGGCGCAGGCAUGGCUGUUACGAUGCUCGGUGCUGGUAUCUACAGCAAAGCCGAGCUCGACAACAAGAAGAGAAACCAAAAACCGAAAUACAAGCCUGUGGACCAAAAUCCUAGGUAG